CGCUGCUCAGGGUUGAGUGAGUGAGUGUACACUGCGGUCGGAGGGGGACGGGCACACAGUAGCGGGGCUCCGGACGGUAAAUUCCAGUGAUGAAGAAAUGACUUCUGCCUACAGCUUUGAGGUUUUUAAGCUUGACAGCUGACUGUUUGUCAGGUUAUCGUAUGAUCAGUGUGAAGACGACGCUGGAGAUAAGUGGGCUUACGCUUCUCUCAGCAGACGCGCAAGUUGUUGUCAGUAUUGCAGAUCAGCGAACGAGUGAGUGAGUUGGGGUUGGAGUUAGCUAGCUGAUACGCUAACCUUAAACGCUUUUUAAAUCAUCGCAGCUUGGAGAUAUGGCUUUGCGAGCGAGAGCUCUGUAUGACUUUAAUUCAGAAAACCCAGGAGAGAUAUCGGUGAAAGAACACGAGAUUGUAACUCUGUACAGCGAGCAGGACAUUGAGGGCUGGCUGGAGGGUACGAACAGCAGAGGGGAGAGAGGGCUCCUGCCUGCGUCCUACGUCGAGAUAUUGAAGAACGACACUGUCUCGUCGUUUAACAACAAUUCGCGGUAUAGCAACAUUCCCACUCAAGAGAGCUACAACACUGCACCAGCAUCCAACUUCACAGCCUACCCUGCACUACCUCAGCAGCAACAACAACAACAUCAUCCAGGGACUCCAGCCAGCGAUGACGAUUGGGAUGAUGACUGGGACGAUCACUCAUCUGUAGCUGAUGAACCAGGGGUUGUCGGUGGAGGAUAUAGGAAUUAUGAAGGAAACGGACCCUCAGGCUACAGCAUCUCCACGUCCUCCAUGCCUAGAGGUGCACAGCAAGCCAAAAGUUCAGCUACGGUCAGCAGAAAUCUGAACAGGUUCUACUUUGUGAAGUCAGGCGGCGAAGCGUUCGUGCUGGGGGAAGCGUCCGGGUUUGUGAAGGAUGGGGAUAAAAUCUGCGUGGUGAUGGGUCAGUACGGUCCGGAGUGGCAGGAGAACCCGUACCCGUUCAGUUGCACUAUUGAUGACCCCACCAAGCAGACGAAGUUCAAAGGCAUGAAAAGUUACAUUUCCUACAAGCUGACGCCGACCCACACGCAGAGCCAGGUCAACAGAAGAUAUAAGCAUUUCGAUUGGCUCUACGCCAGAUUGGUGGAGAAAUUUCCAGUCAUUUCAGUGCCACACAUCCCUGAAAAGCAAGCCACCGGUCGCUUCGAAGAAGACUUCAUUUCAAAAAGGAGAAGAGGGCUGAUAUGGUGGAUGAAUCAUAUGACCACCCACCCUGUACUAGCCCGGUGUGAUGUUUUCCAGCACUUCCUCACCUGCUCCAGCACGGAUGAAAAGUCUUGGAAGCAGGGGAAGAGGAAAGCCGAGAAGGACGAGAUGGUCGGUGCCAACUUCUUCCUCACCAUCAGCACUCCAGGAGCCCCUCUUGACCUCCAAGACGUCGAAAGCAGGAUUGACGGAUUCAAGGCUUUCACCAAGAAAAUGGAUGACAGCGUAAUCCAAGUCAAUGCCACGCUCAACGAAUUCGCGAGGAAGCAGAUAGCCGGUUUUAAGAAAGAGUAUCAGAAAGUGGGACAGUCCUUUAAGUAUCUAAGUCAAGCCUUCGAGAUCGACCAGCAAGCGUACUCGGUCGGUUUGAACCAAGCAAUUGCGUACACGGGAGAAGCUUACGAAGCUAUUGGAGACUACUUUGUGGAGCAGCCAAAACAAGAUGUGGACCCGUUAAUGGAUUUGAUAGCCCUGUACCAAGGACACCUUACCAACUACCCCGAUAUCAUCCAUGUACAGAAAGGUGCUCUGACGAAGGUGAAGGACAGCCAGAAGCACGUAGAGGAAGGGAAGAUGGAGAACCAGCAGGCAGAUGGGAUCAGGGAACGCUGCAACAUCAUCUCUUUCGCCACACUGGCUGAGAUCCAGCACUUCCAUCAGACACGAGUGCGGGACUUCAAGUCCCAGAUGCAACAUUACCUACAGCAGCAGAUCAGCUUCUUCCAGAAGGUCACAGGCAAGCUAGAGGAGGCACUGCAGAAGUAUGACAAUGCCUAAAUGAACCCAAUUCAGAUUGGACCGACAGAGCUUCACCUUGCCUGGCGGAGAGCCAGGCGAGAAUUAGCCACCCCCUAGCAAUAUACAACAAACCAAGAGUCAAAAAGAGUCUAAAAUGUAUACAAAACAGUCCCAAUAUGAUGAAUGUCCGUUAUAAGGAACUGAAGAUUGUUUGGGGCGAGUAUGUAGACAGGGAGCAUGGAAUGUCUUCGAUCCUGCUACUAAUGUCAUAUUUUUAAGUAUGUGUUCUUCACAAAUGAAUGAGAUAUUGAUAUGACUCGAGGAGCUCGCGUGGCUCCUCACUGCCACCUUUUAAACGCUCGAGACCCUCUUAGUCCGUCUUAGAUGUUUACAGAUCUUACAGAGCCGCUGUCAUCACUGUUGUGCCUUUCAAUCUCGUCUUGUUGGUAUUUUUAUAAUUUCUUGAAAAGAACUAUAUAUUAUUCUUAUUCUGAGAUUUGUUUUACAAGGUUUGGUUUUAUUAUCUUAUACAAAUGUCAUUCCUGCUUGAAAUGGCAGGCGAAGGUGUAGCUGGGUCAUGUUUCGAGAUAAGCGUGGGAGUAGCUGGACAUAAUGCCCUAAUUUGGUAUCCCGUUUGAUUUAUUUCCCCUUCCCUCCUCUUGAUAUUUUGGCUCCAGAAUGUGCAAACAGCAGCCGCCGUCAGAUCACCUGCCGUCACUUGGAGACAAUUGAGCAGGAACCUAAAAAAUGUUUAAAUGUGAUGUAAACAGGAAGCACAACACACUCAGGAUAACACAAGUUCAUUUUGAACACUUCAGCCUACCGUUUUUCAGCUAAUGACCGAAUACUCAACUAAUGGUUUAUUUUCUACUGCAGAGUUUUUACUGUGCAGGAUGAACCACAUAAAUGUCAAAAAUUCCAAAUAAAUUGUUUGCCUAACUGUUGCAUUGAAUAUAUUUUUGUAUUGUAUGUGUUUUGAGGUAGGCCUUUCAAACACCACGUUUAUAACGGAACAGUACAGAGCACAUUUUGUUUUCAUUCUUCACUUUUGUUUCUCUCUUUCUGUGGAUUAUUCAGUAUAUAUAACCAAUAUUGACAGUUUUAGUGCAAACAUGAGUGUUGUGCUGGAGGAACGAGGAUUUUAAGGACUAAUCUUAUUGGUGUUGAUGCAUGAAGAAUGUGAAAUUGGAUGCAGAUGUUUAUGUCAACACUAUCAUGAGGUUUGACUGAAAAGAUAUUUUCAAAUUGUACAUGAUAAUAAUAACAGACACUUGUGAUUGUUCAUUUGCAUCAGCAAUAAAGAACAUUCUUAACACUGAUUACUUUAAAUCA